UAUUUAUUGUUAUUCUUGUAUUGUUAAAAUUGGCAAGUAAUAGACAAGUUUUUUAUUCCUGUCGAAAUUUCCGAUUGUGGGGAUUUUGAAGCGCGCUUUGUACCUGUAUUAAAAAGGUGUUUUAUGAGGGCUGUAAGUUCAUUGAAUUUCAGGACCAUCCCCGCAGUUUUUUUAUCUUUACUCAACAGACAGAAUAUGAUAUCUUCGAACAUGAGGCACUUAUGAAAAUUUAUGACCGGAUAAGUCUUGUUUGUUUCCUUCAGUUGGCCAUAAAUUAGCCACAGCAUAUUCCAGACAGCUUGCAUGAUUUAUUGAUCACAACUCCAAUAUCACUUUCUCAAUCAACCUUUACAAGUCACGUUGCGCUUUAAAAGCGAACCGAAACUGCCUUUUCCUUGUUUCAAAUUAUAGUGGAAAUAAUUCAAUAUUUGCCCGGAAAUAAUAAUCCCGAAUUUGCUUAGAAAGCUUAUAGAAGUUAUAUAGACCAACUUUUCAUAAAGUUUGAUUUCAUUAACAGCUCUGAUUAAACUUUUUACCCCGCCUAUUUGUUCGAAUUUUAUCCGUUUAACUGCUUUGGUCAAAGUAUAGUCUUGAUCUGCUUUUCAAGACUAAUUUUUUGUCGGAUUCAAGACUAAUUUUUUGUCGAAUUUUGGUCUUAAAUGCUAAUUUUAUAAAUACGACUUGCAAGGAGCUGUUGAACAGAAGAACAAUAAAACGAUGAAAAGGAAGACUUUACUCUCUUUCUGUUUAAUUCAUCUUCUAUCUGUUGAUUUGGCAAUUUCGAACGGUAUGCAUUCUUCCAAUCGCAACACGAUCGGUUCAAGUGCCGUAAACUCUGCAAGUUCCGUCAAAACCGCGAAGCCGAAGUCAAAUGAAAUGCCAGGCGGCAACUCGAAUCAACUCGGACCCGAGAACCAACACGGCAUCAACAGUGACUCAUCAGAUUACGUCACCGAAAUCACGGAUCCUUUGGCGUCACUGAACCAGAGCAGUCCGAACUUCUUUCCUAAGCCAUGUCCGGCUUGUGAGAUUGAGUCUUACAUUUUACGGAACGCGACCAAAGCACACCCCCCUCAGAAUCCAGACGGAUCUGCGGUGGGGGUGGAGGGGAGGUUGAUUGUGUCUCAGCUACUGGACAUGAAUGUACGUGACGAGACUCUUCAGGUCAUGUGUACUGUAAGAAUCAUGUGGACUGACACAUACAUGGUCUGGGAUUCGAGUGACUACGGGGGAAUUGUAGAGAUCCGACUGCACCCGAAUAAACUGUGGGUUCCCGACUUGCUCCUCGAAAACAGCUUCGGACAAAGUCACGUGCACCAGUUGGACUACCAGAACUACGUAGUGGCCAGUUACUUCGGACUGCUCUACUGGGCCAUACCUAUGGUCGUGUUGAGCAAGUGUCGAACUGACGUGACCUAUUUCCCUUUUGACCACCAGAAAUGCUCCAUUCGCAUGUCGUCAUGGACAUACCAUGACAAGUUAAUUAAUUUCACUCUUUCUCAGUACAAUUCAGGUAUGGAGAUUCCUGUGAGCAACAUCGAGUGGACAAUCACUGAAGUUCUAGGGACAUUCUACCCAAACCCAAUGCCAGCCCCACAUCCAUACUAUCCGGGCGAAGUCAUAAGUUAUCCAUACAUUAUUUACGACAUUGUUAUGAAACGCAAACCCAGUUUUUAUGUUAAUUUGCUUGUGGUUCCGUCGUUUGUGAUCAGUUGGCUAGGCGCUGUUAUUUAUCUAAUUCCAAACGCGUCAGGUGAAAAACUUGGUUUUUCAAUCACUCUUUUCCUCUCCCUGUACGUCAAUCAGGUUAUAGUAGCUGAACACUUACCACCCUCGGCUGAUACCUUUCCUUUGAUUGCUCGCUUUUAUAUGCUCAUAAGUUUCAUGCUCGCUAUUUCCGUUUUUCCAACAGUUUUCACGCUUUCUUUUCACUACAAACUUAUUCAGACUUUGAAACCGGAAGAGUCAAACUGUUCCGCUAUUUUAAACUGGUUUGAAAAGUUGGGUAGAUGCAAAAACUUCUGGUUUGUGACUUGUUGCUGUGAAGUUACAUGCAAAUGUCUGGCUGAAAGUAACUUGAUGAAGAAAAAAGACAACGACGCUCGGCUGAACAUCGACGAAAACUUACAAUCUUUCACGCUUGUGAAUAACCACUACAAGGAAAAUUGUAGAUACACAACAAACAACGGCAAUAAUCGACUGUACCACGCGAUCAACAAUGGAAUCCGAAACCUAAAUCACGCCCAUGCUUCCAAGACAAAUACGACCAAUCAUCACGAGAACAACCAUAUUGACGACUACAACUCGGUAUUCGACGAGGAACGAAUCGAGUAUAAGCAGAGCGUUAUUCAGGAUUCGUCGCCCACUCAAAUAAACGCACAGAAUCGACGCGACUCGGUUCUCGGAUCCACAACUGAAAUGAUGCUGGAACGAGUGCUGACGAAGAUCGACUCGGUUUUGAACUCGGAACCCGACAUUUUGUUGCAGAGGUGGCAGGUGAUAGCGGCGGGAGUGGACAAACUCGGCUUUUUCGUAUAUUGCAUGUCGUUGACUUUGGUCACUAGUGUUUUUUCGUUCUUCUUAAUUUUCAGAAAUUAUCCAGCAUAAAAUGUAAAUCAACAUCUAGACAUUCAGCAUAAAUAGUUUUCUAUUUUAAUUAAAAUUUGUUUUCG